GGUCAAAGAUGAUUGGGGUGCAUUACCUCUGAGUUGAUGAUCACGGAGACGAUUCACAGUGAUGCCUCAAAAAAGAAGGCAUUUAUGAUACCGACUAUGCUUACACCCUUGAUCGUUUCAGUCCUUCUAGACCACUCGAUGAAUCGUCUCACUGCGCAGAGAAAGUCUUUUCUCGGAUCUUGGUGACAGGGAGACAAGUAGUUUGGUGAGGGUUGGGCGGCUCUGUCACCGGAACAUAGUUCAGACACAAAUGUAUCGAAAUCUAUACACGCAGAUAGUCAGAGGGAUUCGUCGUUCUCCAGUAAGGUCACCUUCGUAGGAAAUAUGAAGCUCCAUACAUGUAGAGGUCGACUGAAAUACUAGUAUGGGUUAGAGUGGAUGUAAACUGCCAGAAUGCCAGGGAAAAAGACCCAACUGGGUCACUCGCAGUUCUCGACGGCUGCUGAAGAGGCAGCCAAACACUCAUCUGUACGAAGGAAGUCCUCCUCUAUAGAUGGAAACUGACAAGGCAGGAGACGUCAUGGAAAAAGUGCUUCUAAACAUUUACAUACGGAAGGGUGCAACUCCGGGGCAGCCACGUCCCUCAAAGAACCAAUCACCCUGCAAAACGCCCACACGUGAGAGCCUAGAAGCCAGGACGAAGGAAAUGUCGAUGAACACUCGUGGACUACUUUUCGGAUAUGAAACGAUGGAAAUUGGAGAAUAGUCUAAGCGCUCGGAUUGGUCCGGCGGUUCUGGCAUACGGGUCGUAGUUUGCCACACUCACUGCCACGUUUUCGAAGGAAUUGCGGGGGGUUUCCACUGAUGGCCUGAAGGCAGCCCUGCAAAACGCUGAAACAUGUCGUCUCUAGCAAUUUGUUCUCAUUUGAAAGCACUUUUUGUUGGUCGUGGAUGGGAGCUGCAAAAGACAACCAUACUAAUACUAAUACACCGCUUUUUCUCGGUCCCCGUGGCUAGCAAAGCCCCGCGUGCCGAUUGGGCAACUCUGUGCAAUUCAAUUACGGGACAGUGCACGUCAACUGGCUGAAGCCCUGGUGACAGGUUAGUCGGGAGGACAAGAGAGCACGUGAGAGUUUAUCCUGUAGGAAUUUGUCUGGUUUUACCGCGGCUCAUCGCCUCUUUAUUCUUUUGAACAAGUUGCGCUCUUACCUUUUUCUUCCUGCCGUCCCGUCGGAGUUCCCGUUGCGGUUGCAACCAGCCAGGUGCUUAGGUGUUGGUUGGUGCAUGUAUAGCUUACAUACGAGUUUUUCUACACUAGACAAGGUUACGUUGUGCUGCGAGGAAAAUACGGUUAUUCUGAAGUUUUUCCAGUGGGUUACUCUGAUUUGUCAAACUCGAGCUUUGCUCUUCUUCAUAGAGUUAGAUGUGUGCGUUCCUCUCAGUUCCCAUUCCAGGGGUACAAGGCCGGGUAUUUACUUCUUAACUGGCAUAACUUUGUUUCGUCCGAGAUGGAGCCGUGCACUGUCACCGUCACUGACUUCACUGGAGGUCGGCAGGGCUCUGAUAAGGAUAAACUGGUUGUUGAAGUCGAUUCGGAUAUUACAGUUGCGGAGCUAAAGCAAAAAAUAAUCGAUAUGAGACCCGGACUGGUUGCCUCCCGAAUCUUGCUCUACAUGGGAAAAGUCAAGUUGGAGGACGCUAAACAACUUACCACAUACAACAAAUCUAAGAGAACAAAGAUAUCGCUCGAACUUUAUGACAUCCUCGACAUCAAAGUGAAGGUGAAGACCCUACAACAGUGCGGCACUGGAGGCUGUGUUAUAAUGCCCAUAUGGGCAUUCUGCUGCCGACAAACGUACGUUCUCGAGGUUCCAGAUCACGAGACAGUCGGUUUUCUCAGAAAACGGAUCUGUGAAGAACUCGGCGAUAAUGAAAAUUACCCCCUAAGUAAAAUCCGGCUUUCCUUUGAACGGAGACUGUUGGCAGACGACUGGGAGGAACUUCGAAGCGUUGGCAUCAAAGAUGGCAGCACAGUUACACUUUUCGUGAAGCUGUUCUAUUUCAACAAUCAGAAGGCCGCGAAAGAUGCGGAGGAGAAGAAGAAUGCUGCGGUUUCAUCCACGCCUGUAAACCAAGACGAGGCUGCACAGGAGAAUUAGGAACAGAAACAGAGUGGAAAAAGCAAUCAAGACCCACGAGAACAGGUGGUUGGACUCCUCUUACAGGCGCAUUUGUUUUCAAAGUGCCCAAUGAGUCAGCGUGGACAGCGCAUUGGCGUCAAUGACCACGUUGUUUUGCUCAUUCACGCACGUGAGAGGCUUACACCAUUUUUCAAGAGUCCUUGAUCCUCCCACUCUUUGUCCAGUAGCAUAGGACAAGAAAUCAGGUGCGUGCAAGCUUCACCCUAUAACGGUGUGCAAGAGGCCAAGCUGGUUGUCUGCUUGCGGGAGUUGGCAUCCUGCUCCAGUGCGUAUCUUGUUUUUUCAUUCAGCGUGAUGCAGCGAUUGGUGUGCUCUUUUCACGGCAGUGUCCAGGCGACGUAAACACUAGAUCGGCAUCCCGUUUUCAGUUCUUGACGCAGAAGCUAAAGGAAGAAGGGGAAGCCUGUUUUUAGUUCCGGCGGUUUUGUCCUUUUGUACCACGCUCGCCUUUUGUAAGGAGGUGAUGGGAACGCGAUAUAUGCCUGUUCUCCACUGUUGUCUCAAGAGGGUGGUGGAAAGCUUGGGAAUGUGUGUGGAAAUCGUUAUUUGUGGUACUGUGGUUCGGUGUCCAUUCCCAUGUGUAACAGGGAGGAUGUUUCGGAACACAGAUAGUGAUGGCUGGAGACCUACAUACUUGAUCUUAUGUGCUCACAUUAUAUAAAACUCAAAUCGAACAAUCCGAGGUGUUACGGUAGCUGGGAUACUGAGUAUGACACCAGUGUAAGUGCCAACUUGGAAAGACGAGUAAGUUUCACAGGCUUCUAAUUCACUGCCAUAUAUGGUUUGUGAAAUGGGGAACAGGCACUAAGUGGAAGGCUGAGCGCGUUUCAUUGAUGCUCCAGCGAAAAGUGCCGCAAGGGUUUGUAUAUAGUGACCCCCUACUGCUUUCAAACCUUAACAGAGGUCAAGACCGGCUUGCUAGAUCCCGUUGGCCUGCAAAGAUUUCGUUGCACCCUGCUGCUGUCGCAUUUUCUGUCUAUUACUCUCCGUACUUAUCCCGACAUUGAAUACGCUUUUGUGGUACGUCUAAGAAAAUACCGAAGACUACACAAAAUACUUGAACAAGAAACUGCAUUCAGCCAUCGUUUGCAUCUUUCCCAUCCGGGUGCCGUUCUUUGGACAGGAAAGGGCACCCUUUGCCAGUGAACAUGCAUUCGCGACUGCCACGUCUCUUGCGUGUUUCAGACUGCAAGAGUUUUAUAGCAGAAAUGUGUGCUCACAUUCUAAGUCCGUGGCGAUUAAUGCACCCAUACGUGAAGCCGUUUACAAAGUCUCUAAGUGUUGAUUCCCAAAACUGUAUUGGUUCGUAUGAACUCACGGACUUACUGAUUCGGUGUAUAUAACAUUUUUGACUAGCUUCAGCAUCUCUUGUGUCAUGCCAGCAAUAUUACUU